AUGGCUGACACACACAAUGUGACUGAAUUCAUUUUUCUGGGACUUUCUCCCAAUCCGGAGGUGCAGAGAGUUUGUUUUGUGAUAUUUCUGCUCUUGUACAUGGCGAUUGUGUUGGGGAAUUUCCUCACUGUGCUCACUGUCAUGACCAGCAGAAGUCUUGCUUCUCCCAUGUACUUCUUCCUCAGUUGCCUCUUUGUGGAGAUCUGCUAAUCCUCUACCACAGCCCCUAAACUUAUCUCUGACUUGCUGGCUGAAAGGAAAGCCAUAUCUCUGUGGGGCUGCAUGACACACCUUUUUUUCAUCCACUUCUUUGGUGGCACUGAGAUUUUCCUGCUCACUGUGAUGGCCUAUGACCGCUAUGUGGCCAUCUGCAAGCCCCUCAACUAUACCACCACCAUGAACCAGCAAGUGUGUGCUGUUCUGGUGGGAAUAGCAUGGUUGGGGGGCUUUGUGCAUUCCUUUGCUCAAAUCUUUCUCAUCUUCCACUUGCACUUCUGUGACCCCAAUGUGAUCAACCACUAUUUCUGUGACCUGCUUCCUCUGCUCAAACUUGCCUGCUCUGACACCUUCCUCAUUGGUCUGCUGAUGGUUGCCAACGGGGGGACUCCGUCUGUGAUCAGCUUUGUGGUUCUCUUAGCCUCCUAUGUGGUUAUCUUGCUCCAUCUGAGGACCCGAAGUUCUGAGGAGUGGCGAAAGGCCCUCUCCACCUGUGGGUCCCGUAUUACUGUGGUUAUCUUAUUUUUUGGGCCCUGUAUCUUCAUCUAUGUGAGACCUUCCACCACUUUGUCUGUGGACAAGAUGGUGGCUGUGUUCUACACAGUUAUCACUGCUCUCCUCAACCCUAUCAUCUACUCCCUGAGAAAUGCUGAAGUGAAGAAGGCCAUGAAGAAGCUGUGGAUCAGGACAAUGAAACUGGAUGAGAAAUAG